CGACAAUUUUGAAAAAUGGCAGCUUCCGGGUUCACGUUGGAAGCUGUCAGAGAAUUUAUUGUACAACGAGGGAAUAAAGUCACAAAUCACGAACUCGUCACGCGAUUCAAAUCUGAUUUGAAUGACCCACAAUUUAAAGGUAAAAAUAGGGAAAAUUUUAAGGACUUUGUAAAUACUCUUGCAACCAUCAAAGUAGAUGAGCGAGGUGAAAAGGUUCUGGUGCUGAAGAAGAAGUUCAGGUCAGAUGUCCCAGAACAAAGUGAAAAGUUGAAUGACAAUCAGGAGCCACGUAAUGAUAUACGGGCUCGGUCUGAGCCCCCAGCAAACCCGGGGAAUUCAGAUCAAGUUGAUGGAGGUGGCAUGUCCAAAGUGCGCAGUGAAACUAAUAUCACCUCAAGAGAGACAACUCCAGAAAUGUCUGGUAGUGCUAGUAUGGGGACCAUUUCUGUGUCGUCAGUAGCAUCUUCCACGGUAUCCCAGGGCUCGCAGCAGUCCGUCGACUCCAGUACAGACAUGGAAGACGCUGUCAAUGCCUCUGUCAUUAGCGUCAAGGACCGUGCCAAACACUUGAAUCGCAUGGAGACAGAGUCUGAGUUACAGCGAGUCAGCCAUCAUAAAAAGAAAGACAUAAGAUCCCGUGAUCGAGAACGAGAUAUUGAUGAAGACACCCACUCCUCUGGAUCUGCCUAUACAUCAUUGGAACCUCAUGAGCGGGAAUGGUUGGUAGUAUGUGCCACUGGAGACUACCAUCCAAUGCACAAACUGCUCUCCAAGAAUCCUGAUCUGGUCAGAGUCAGAGACUUCACAAAUACAUCAGUACAUUGGGCAGCAAAACAUGGCAACCCAGAGGUAUUGAAACUAGUCCUAGGCAAGAGUAACAAUGACAUCAACAAGAGAACGAAUGGGGGCUAUACACCUUUACACCUCGCCUCAAUGCAUGGCCAUGAACAGAUCAUCGAACUACUAGUACAGACAUUCAAAGCUGACCCAAACAUUCGAGACUUCAGUGGCAAAAAGGCAAAGCAGUAUCUACCCAACUCAGCAUCCACCAAGGCCCAACAAAUGUUGCUUUCCCGGCGACUUGGUGCUUCCUUAGUAUCAAGCAGAUCUUUAGAUGACUCCUUUUUAAGAAGUACUUCCUUUAGAAAGAGCAAUCGUGCAAAAGCCAUCACAUCACUCAUACAAACAACAUCUGCGGGAAUGAGGAAGGCUAUGCUCCGGACAAGUUGGCAGGGAUCCUCAGAGAACAUGUCGAGCGACCGCGCCCGGGGUCUACGGUCACGAAGUCCAAGCACCACACCACCGGGGAGUGCUGGUCCCUCCCCUCAGACUCCUCGGCGAGGCGUUAGCGCAGGGGAUCUCAUGCCACCUCCAACUGCGCCAGUCAGACGGAGUCGACACCACCAGGAACGAACAGGAAGUAGAGAAAGUCUGGAGGAAGAAGAAACCAGACGAAUAAUGGUAGCCAGAUCUGAAUCAGAACCCAACUUUGGAAUUGUGAAUUCAAGCAAAAAGACGUACAUUUGAAGAAACAAAUUUUAGAAUUUUUUUAUCAAAUUGAGAUUAACAGGGAAAAAAAAACAGAAAAGAAAUAUGAGAUUAUGUGUAUGCAUUCACAAUAGUCUUGGAUUACAAAUAUACAUGUAUUUUAUUUAGGCAUAUACAGUAUACCAGUACCUAUUAUCCUCUUACUGGUGGAACAUACCAUCAAAUGUGGAUUCCAUCAAACUUCUGAUGACGGUUCCAUUAUAAACUGUCAUUAGUGGAUCAUAUCACCAAGGGUGGAUUCCAUCAAACUUCUGAUGACGGUUCCAUUAUAAACUGUCAUUAGUGGAUCACAUCACCAAGUGUGGAUUCUGUCCAACUAUUGAUGACGGUUCCGUCAUGCUCUCACUGGUUGAUCAUAUCAUCAAGUGUGGAUUCCAUCAAACUUCUGAUGACGGUUUCAUCAUAAACUGUCAUAAGUGGAUCACAUCACCAAGUGUGGAUUCUGUCCAACUAUUGAUGACGGUUCCGUCAUGCUCUCACUGGUUGAUCAUAUCACCAAGUGUGGAUUCCAUCAAACUUCUAAUGAUGGUUCCAUCAUAAACUGUCAUUAGUGGAUCACAUCACCAAGUGUGGAUUCUGUCCAACUAUUGAUGACGGUUCCGUCAUGCUCUCACUGGUUGAUCAUAUCACCAAGUGUGGAUUCCAUCAAACUUCUGAUGAUGGAUCUGUUAUUCUCUCACUGGUGGAUCAUAUCACCAAGUGUGGAUUCUGUCCAACUAUUGAUGACGGUUCUGUCAUGCUCUCAAUGGUGGAUCAUAUCACCAAGUGUGGAUUUUAUUUUAACUACUACUACUAAAAUAUUAAUGAUGAUGAAAUAUAUUUUGUAAUUAAGUGAUAUUCCAUGAAUGUACUCUCAAUAUGUUACUUUUUCUUUGACAUAAGGACAAAGAUCUGGAAUAGUGGUGAUUGUUGUUAUAUUGAUUUGUUUGUUGUUGUGUCCUGUUAAGUAUAAUGUUCCAGCUUUGUUCUUGUAACUCUAUAUCAUUUACAUAUCAAAUAAUCUUCUUCGGUUGUGGAAAUUACUGAUGACAGACCACAGGGUUUCAUUGUUAGCUCACCUGUUCUGAGGACAAAUGAGUUUAAGUCCAUUGUGUUUGGCAUCAUCUAACCAAGAGGAUUGAGGUUGUGAUAUUUUACCUGUAACAUGCUGGAAUGAAGACAUUUUAAGUUUGGAAUCUACAUGAAUCACCUGGAUAAACAUAGAUAGUUGCAUGAGUAAAAUCAUAGGAACAAAUACCAAAUCCACUUUUCAUAUAUAUAUUGUAUAUGUACAUAUAAACAUAUAUAUAUUGACAAUGGAUUGGAAAUUCAGCCAAGUCCCUUUGAAUUCAAUCUUUCAAUGAAGUUUAUAAUUUUGUCGGAAAUGUCCUCUUAAUGAAUUUGAUGACUAACUUAGAAGUUUACAGAUUACAGGUGAGCUAUACGGACUCACGUUCAUUUUCUGAUUUAAUGUUUAUUACACACCUGUAUUUAUACAGGUAACGUGAAACAUGUGUACACACCUGUAUGUGUGUAUAACAGAGGGACGUGUGUGUACAUGUAUGUGGUUGUAACAGAAAGUGUGACAUACGUGUGUGAAGACAGUUAAACUAAGAUGACUACUAUAAGUCUGUGAUUCCAUUAGUGUAUUGUUUUAGCUAUGUAAUAGUCAUACUUUGUAUCUUUGUUAAGACAAUAAAGACAUGUUACUGGAUA